UGUGUGGGUAGCCUUAACGCCAGCCAAUGAGAUCACACGUUAAUGUUCCCCAAUGGUCUUUCCUUCAGAACCCACAGGAUUUUGGCCUCCAUCAGCCUACGCUGGCAGACUACCAAAUACAACAUGACGUAAUUCCAGACAGAACUUCAGCCGGAGUGAGUACUUCUUUGACGUAAUAUCCACGAAAUCUAUUACUAGACAGGGGACAAGGAGAAAACCGAAGUGAGAAACGACAGCCUUGCUGAAAGCACCACCUCUCAGAAGCUGGAAGCUGAAUUGUCGAAGCAAAAAGAAAAGUACGAAAGUGCGCUCAGGGAGUUGGAGCAGGUAAGACAGCAAAAUGCGAAGCUAUUGAAAGAAAAAGAGAACAUGGCGAACACAGUGAGUUCUUCCUAA